AUGAGCUCCUCUCAAACAUCGGAUUACUCGGCCGUGAUCAGCGUGACGGCAUGGUUCAUCGCGUGCCUGCUCGGCCACGUUCAACCGAGAGCGCGGCCGGGGACGGAAGGUUUUAACUUCCAGUCCUGUCCGACGUGGGCGGAGGUGAAACACCACCUGGUGUAUUCCUUGUGGAGGCAAGCCUCGCAGAAUUUUGCAGAGAUGGCUCACGGCAACAUCACCGUAUUACUGAACGGCUCCAUCGCCAACGCCUUCAAUAUGAAGAGCAUGUUUGCAAGUGUGGAACUGGACAGUCUGGACCCAGGCAGGGUGGAUCAUGUCAACAUCAAGUUGGUGACCAAUCUAGACGGACCUUUCAUAGAAUCGUGUGAUCAAGGAUCCGUUGUAGACCUGAUCCAGAUCCUCCGGUCCAGAGGGUUCCACUGGACCUGCACGGACAACGACGAGACCCUGAUGAUCCUUCAGUGCAUCAGGAACCCCAACAGCUUCUCACGCAGAAGGGGCCUCAAGUUGUACUGA